CUCGUGUCAGUUGCUAAUCCCAAAAUCUAGCAAAGACUCGGUCCGUGGUCACAAAAAUGCUAGAGCCAUCAGAAGAUCUAAAGAACACACACACACUAUUAGCAAGGAAAGGGUACGCAAGCCCGAGGAGGUACACCUGUAACCCCUGCAACACGUUUGCGUGCUCACAACUGAACUACACGCCCACACACUACAAUUCGACUACUGCAGCAGCAUCACCCCCCUUGUCCCGCAUUUAACCAAAAUGACUGUCGACUACAGCGUACUGCUGUCUGAAGUGCUGUCUGUACACAAUUAAGGCACCCGGGUUAUCCGCGCCAUCCCUGCCGCGUCUCUCUACAAAACCAGUGACGUCAUCACACACACCCAACACCUGUAUUCAGGAAAAAAACGGAAAAAUAAUUGACAAUACAAGAGAUGUUUGUCCGUGCGCCACGGUUCGAUGCCGUCCGCCUGCUCCGGUUGCGCUGCUCCGGUUGCGCUGCUCCGACGCCGCUGCUCCGGUGCCGCUGCUCCGGUGCCGCUGUGGCCAGUCCUAGCACGACCAAACUCGACCCGCUCCGCUUCGUGCACGCUCUCGUUGCUGUCCUUCCCAGUCGGUUCCUCGCUUUCUCCCUCGUUGCACUUAGGGUUCUCGGUCUGAAGAUUCUCGCGCCGAAGGGUCAACCAGCCCAAUCAGCUCGUCACCACCUGUCCCCUCCUCCUUUGAUGGCAAAACCAGGUUACUGAGACAGUACAGCUCCAUCUAGCAAACCUAGGGCCGUGUACAUAGUGCCCGUCCACCUUUUUGAUGACGUCUGCCUCCGCGCACAAAGAUGAGAUGGGCAUUGCUGCCUACACCGACGGCCUGGAGGCCCGCGCAUCUGCACCUUUGUACCUGACGCACCAGUGCCGACCCAACUCCACCACUACGCACGCCUCGCGGCGGGUGCGCCGCAGCAAGACGGAUACGCCUCGAGGGUCUCGCGAGUCAGCGGGCGGACCAUCUGCGACCACAACCCACGACGACAGCAAUUUCGAUGGAACCGGUCUACAUGUUUGGCCGGGCAGCCGUUUGCUCGCUCGUUUUCUCGCAGAACCGUCGGGUGCACGGCGGCUGUUCCCUCAGUUUGUUACCCGCCAGCCCGGCUGCGCACCCCCGCUGCACGGCGGUGGCAGCAGCUGCGAUGGCCAAACAGGCGACAUGCGCGCCACCUCCUCCUCCAACCGCAAAAUGACGCCCUCAGCAGAAGCUGCUGCGGACGGAAGAAGGGAGAGCAGCCCUAGGCCCCGACAUAGAACCGCUCCACAUCAAGAUUCUCGCUGCGUCGCGGUGGACCAAAGCUCGGCACCGCCGACGGUCCUAGAACUCGGAGCCGGCACGGGGGUCUGCGGCAUGGCGGCGUCCUUAUCGUUAGGCUGCUCCGUGGUCCUGACGGACCGAAGGAGCGACAUCCUGGAGAAUCUCCGGAAAAACAUCAACCUGAACGGGCUGGCAACGAGGGCGCGGGUGGUGCGACUUGAAUGGGGGCGAAAGAGUAGAAGCUGUCCCGCAGAGAUACGGGAACUUUCGCCUUUCAAGGUGAUCCUGGCGUCGGACACAGUGUAUCCAGGGAAACCGUUCUCGGACACCGAGGCGUUCUUCGCUAUGGCAGCGGAGCUUUUGGACCCGGAAGUGGGCGUACUCCUGCUGACCUACACGCCCAGGCAGCCGUCUACAUGCACGGAGAACAUGCUACGUUGCGCGUAUCGUGCCGGGCUGCGAGGAACCGCGCUGUGGAACGAGCACGGGGAUCGCUGGCGCGAGGGAAACGAUCCUCGCAGUCUACCAGCACCACGUGGUGUCGGCAGUCACAACCAUCCGUUGACAGACCCGCGGCAUGGGAGCGCUGCCCUCAAGGGGGUCGAUUUUUGUCCGCGGGAACAAGGUUCAUGCCCGUCAAGCACCUGCACGACGAACGGCACCAACGCGGUCCUGGACCCAAGGCACGCCGUAAAGUGUCCGUUGGAAGUUGACAAUGGGAAGGGUAAUAAUCUGGCCCACCCUACGCAGAGUGGGAGCCCUAGGCCCUGCGAAGAUUGCUCUCAUCCGGGAACUACGCCGAACAAGCCGCCCCUCCGAGAUACCCGGCCUGUACCCGACGGUUGCACGCCAAUUCUGUUAGCUUUCGAGUUGUGCCCUAAACCCACGGACCGGGAUGGAAGCCUGGCCAACAACCCAGAGCUGGCUUGGUUAUCGGAGUGGAAAUUCGUUUUUCCGGACCUCCAAAAACGAUUAGAAUGUCGUCCCGCUUGGCGUGCUCCCGGGGCAGCGUGGAGCCAGGACGGUGCGGGGGCACUGAAAAAUAAUGGCGGCCGUUGGGACGAUGCAAGUGCCGAAGGGGGCGAAGUCACCGCCGAGUAUUUGUGGGGCUCCUCCACGACUGUGUAGCGCAACCCCUCAAAGUCCUCUCGGGUUAUCAUCCAAUGGCUGAUGUGGGUGAAAUGUUCUCAAACUUGGCACCCCAAAUUUGCAGCUUUCAACGCCAAGAUAUUGGCGUCAUGUCGCCUGUGUGAUUUUGAGGAGUUGAGGCCCGAAACGGGUUGACCGCCGGAUAGUUGGCAGGAAAAUGGGUUCGAUGUGGCACACUGCAGGGUAAUCCGUUGAAUGGCCAUGCUAAACAACA